GCAGGCUGGCAAGUGAGGAGAGGAUGCAGAGGUGGAGAAUUUAGCUGGAGCAGUCAAGCAGAGAGUAGGCAGUGAGUGAACAGGACAGUCUGCAGCACAGAGUGACAGCGGGAACCUGCACCCACUCCUGGCACACACCUGGCACACUGGGUACCUGCACCUGGUCUCAGGACUUUCACCUCUUUAACACCUGGAGACACAGGAUGGAGAUACAUUAUCUGAUAGUUUGUGUCUUCCUCACAGCCAUGCUGCGGAAAAGUCAUGGAGCCCAUUUUUCCCAGCAGCCCUCAGAUCAGGUGAUUGUGGCUGGAAAAUCGGUAACGCUGCCUUGUGUAGUGGUUGGCUAUCGAGGAGUGGUGCAGUGGACGAUGGACGGGUUGGCGCUGGGAGCAGAGCGAGAUCUGCCAGGAUGGUCUCGUUAUUCUAUCAUCGGAGACCCUGCAUUGGGUGAACAUAAUUUGCAUAUCGAGUCGGUGGAGCUCAAUGAUGAUGCCAUCUAUGAAUGCCAAGCUACCCAAGCAGCACUGAGGUCACAGCGUGCCCGUCUGACCGUGCUGAUCCCCCCAGGAGAACCAAUGAUCCCAGGCAGCCCUAUCCUCAAUGUCCUGCUGAAUGUUGCAUAUAACCUCACGUGUCUGGCCCCCGUGGCUAAACCGGCAGCAGAGAUCACCUGGUACCGUGAUGGGAAACAGCUGGACUGGGCGAUUUACAGCAAGCAAUUGCUGUCAGAUGGGAAGAGCGAGGGGGCUGCCAGCACUCUCCAGAUCACCCCCAGCCUGCAGGACAGUGGGGCCAGCUAUGCUUGUCACGUCAAAAAUGCUGCGCUGCCGGAGGGGCGAGAACGGGCAGUAACGCUGAGUGUGCAGUAUCCCCCCAAAGUGACGCUCUCAGUGGAACCGCCAACCAUUUCUGAAGGAGGCACGGUCACCUUUAUUUGCAGUGCGGUCUCCAACCCAGAGGUUGCAAGUUACAGAUGGGCGAAAGGUGGUGUUCUUUUGCCGGUGUCAGCUGACAGCUACCAAGUGACCGUCGAUCACACGUUCUUCACAGCGCCUGUCUCAUGUGAGGUCACAAACAGUGUCGGAAGCAGUAAUGUGAGCACCGCCGUAAAUGUCUUAUUUGGGCCACGUCUUCUUACUGAGCCACGUCCUAUGAUGGUGGACCUGGGUGGUGAUACUUCAUUCUUCUGUGGUUGGACUGGGAAUCCCACCCCAACUCAAUUUUGGAGCAAGAAAGGAUCUGGGGAGGUCCUUAGUAACGGGAACACAUUGAUAUUGAAUAAGGUCACUCGUGAAGACGGUGGAACCUAUGUAUGUAAAGCAAUAGUGCCACGAAUCGGGACCAUGGAACGGGAAGUGACGCUGACCGUAAGAGGUCCCCCAGUGAUCACAAGCGAUACACACUUUGAAAGCACUCUCGGAGGAAAGGCACGACUUGAGUGUCUCGUUGAGACGAUGCCCACGCCAGACAGAAUUAUCUGGACGUGGGAUAAGAACACCCUUGAAGAUGGUUCAUGGGGUCGUUUUUCCGUUGAGACAAGAGUUACAAAUGAAGAAGCCGCUUCAUUCCUGAUUAUCGACGGAGCAGAACAGUCUGAUUUCCAGAUGGAGUUUAACUGCAGUGCAUUAAAUGAAUUUGGAGAGGAUUCGAUCAUUAUCUCUCUGAGACAGCAAGCCGCUUUGCCUCUAACUCUCUUGGCGAUCGCCUUGGGCUCGGGGACGCUUUUCCUCUUUGUACUUGUGACAAUCUCUGUGCUGUGUUGCCGGCGACCACGAAAGAAUGUGAAGGACACUCAGAUCUUGGCGGUGGAUGUGUCUGGGAGUGAACCCAGCGAAAAACACCCGAGUGAUUCUGAAGAAGACCUAAAGGAGCCACUGCACACAGACACAGAAUCCCGAGGGACGUCACAGACUGAACACAGUGAUAUCCCCGAUGAACCGCAGGAUCCAACCAAUGGAUACUACAAAGUACGAGCUCAAGACGACUCUCGCCCCACCACUGUCUCCUACCCAGAAUUCUCCACUCCCCCACGUCCUCUCUACUCAACUCCAGCUACUCUUACACCUCUGUGUGCUGCUCCCUCAUUGCAAGGACCAGCCAAGGUGUAUGACUACUCGCACCGAUAUGCCACAACCCCACGCCAUUCCAGUGAGAGAAUCCACAUGCCACAGGGCCCCUCGCACAUGCUGCUAGGACCUGGUCACCAUCAAGCACCGUACGCUAGAGCGUUUUGCAGUUACGUUCGUCCUGAACGCUACGAUACACUGGAGACAGGGCCUACACUCUCACGCCUUUCCUACGCAUCCAUCUCCACGUCCUGUGACUAUGGAAGACCCACACAACGUAUGCAGACUCAUGUGUGAUCUUCUCUAUCUUUACUCAUACCAAAAUGGCUGAGGAAAAAUCAGGCAUAAAGAUUAUGGCUUAGAACAAACAAAACAAAACAAUCUAGCGUGUGGCCAUCUUGUGUUCAAAAUGGCUGCCUUAUGUCUUCCUGUUGACAUUUUGCUACUGCACUAAACAACCUUUGUAAGUCCACAAACAAAGUGUAAUGAGACAAAAUGGAGGCCUAAGGACUUGUGUGAAGCAAGUGGAAAGCGUUUAAAUGUACAAUAAGGACUUCCGAGGAGAAGCACUCUAUUUCCUCACCCAUCAAAUGGCAAGAAAAACCAGAAAGUCGUAUCACUAACAUUACUUAUCCUAUAAAACUUGACAAAGGAGGCAACGGAUACGUCUCUGGAAUUCCCUGCAAAUACAAAAAUAUAGUAUUAUAGUAGCUCAUUUUUGAGCAGUCGAAGACAAAUGAUGAAUCAGCAUGCAAGCUGUCAAAAUAGUGACACUUAGUGGCCAUGCUGGGUAUUGCGUUGUUAAAUGCCUUUACUAUUUUGAAAUGAAACUGUAUAUAGACUAGGUAACAAAGGGCGUUUUAGUUGCUGUUUUUUAUUUUUAAUAUACAAUCAGACCUAAAUAAACCUUAAAUGGCAUAUUUAUAUAGUUUAACCCUAGACGUGCUGGGUUCAUAUCUUGUUCCCGGUUCUGGCACGCAAGGGAGUGAUAUAUUAAGGUGUGAUAAUAUGGGGAUAUUCUACCCAGUACAAAUAUAUAUAUUAAUAAAAUAUAUUUUAUGAUAUC